AACUUAUGGCUAUCAGAACAAAGGAAUCAACCACAAACAUCUUCUCUUUUCAAGUACUCACCUUUCUUUGCUCUCCUCCUCUUGUCUGAACCACAAACCAUAACCAUGGCUUCUUUGUUAUCAAACACUAUCUCUCACUUUUCUCCAAAACCCAUUAAAGAUUCACCAAAAUUGAACAAACCCUUUUCCUUUCAGAUAAAACCCAUCUUUUUUAAGCCUUCAAAACUGAAUCUUUUCAAGAUCCGUGCUGAUGUUGGGUUUGAAUCUAAGACAGUCAAGACCGUUCCAGGUAACUCAGCAGCAACUGGUACUUCUUCUACUAGCUCUGAUGAUAAGAUUAGAGAGAUUUUAAGGAAUCGUGAUUACAACGAGAAGUUUGGAUUCAAUAUGGAUAUUGAUUCCUUUACAAUUCCUAAAGGUCUUUCGAAAGAAACAAUAAGGCUAAUUUCUUCACUUAAAGAAGAACCUGAUUGGAUGCUUGAUUUUAGGUUGAAUGCUUUUGAGAGAUUCUUGAAAUUGAAAGAACCUAAAUGGUCUGAUAAUGAAUACCCUAUUAUUGAUUUUCAAGAUAUGUGUUAUUAUUCUGCUCCUAAGAAGAAACCUACUGUGAAUAGUUUAGAGGAAGCUGACCCGGAACUUAUUAAAUAUUUUGAUAGAUUGGGGAUUCCUUUAACUGAAAGGAAUAGAUUGGCGAAUGUUGCUGUUGAUGCUGUUCUUGAUAGUGUUUCUAUAGCUACUACUCAUAGGAAGACUCUAGAGAAGGCUGGUGUUAUAUUUUGUUCGAUUUCAGAGGCAAUACAGAAGUAUCCUGAUUUGGUUAGGAAGUAUUUGGGUAGAGUUGUGCCUAGUGAGGAUAAUUAUUAUGCUGCUUUGAAUUCUGCUGUGUUUAGUGAUGGAUCAUUCUGCUAUGUACCGAAAGAUACCAAGUGUCCCAUGCAGAUAUCGACUUAUUUUAGGAUUAACGCGAUGGAGACUGGACAGUUUGAGAGAACGUUGAUUGUUGCUGAUGAUAGGAGUUUUGUGGAGUAUUUGGAGGGGUGUACUGCACCUUCUUAUGAUAAGAAUCAGCUUCAUGCUGCUGUUGUUGAGCUGUAUUGUGCUGAGGGUGCGGAGAUUAAAUACUCCACGGUGCAGAAUUGGUAUGCUGGUGAUGAGCAAGGAAAAGGGGGGAUUUAUAAUUUUGUUACAAAGAGAGGACUUUGUGCUGGGGAUAGGUCUAAGAUAUCUUGGACUCAAGUGGAGACAGGGUCUGCCAUUACCUGGAAGUACCCGAGUGUUGUUUUGGAGGGGGAUGAUACUGUGGGAGAGUUCUAUUCUGUUGCGUUGACAAAUAAUUAUCAGCAGGCAGAUACAGGAACGAAGAUGAUCCAUAAGGGUAAAAAUACUAGAAGUCGAAUUAUUUCAAAGGGUAUUUCAGUUGGACAUUCUAGAAACUGUUAUAGAGGGCUGGUUCAGGUUCAAUCCAAGGCAGACAAUGCUCGGAACUCCUCACAAUGUGACUCAAUGCUUAUUGGUGACACUGCAGCUGCCAAUACCUAUCCUUAUAUCCAGGUGAAGAAUCCCACUGCACGUGUUGAACAUGAAGCCAGCACCUCCAAGAUUGGUGAAGAUCAGCUGUUUUACUUUCAGCAAAGGGGAAUUGACUAUGAAAAAGCCAUGGCAGCCAUGAUUUCUGGGUUUUGCCGAGACGUCUUCAAUGAACUUCCUGAUGAAUUUGGUUCUGAGGUGAACCAGCUGAUGAGCUUAAAGCUUGAGGGAUCAGUGGGUUAAGCAAAAACUACGGUUUGGCUUAAGUAACGAUAUUCUCAUCUUUUUGUCAACAAGUUUGCUACUGUAGAACUCUGUAAGGUUCGCUUUGUAAAUCCACCACAGAAAAAGUUGAGUUGCAGUUCCAGAAUAACUCAUAAGUUAUGAAUGAUGUAAUCAUACUCUACACCUAUUGUAUCAUAGACUGUAAAAAAAGGAUGCAAGGAUGAGUGCUUUCUUGUUUUUUGUUCUUCAA